CUCACCGAUUGAGAGCACAGUCUCUCUUCCUUUUCCAGUUUUGCCUUUGGGAACUUAUCAGACGAGAGAGAAGUAUAAGCCAUGGAUAGGCUUCUUCAACCACCGUCUUCUUCCAUACUUACCCCAUCUAAAUCUCAACUAAGAGCAUCUCCGUUGCUCCUCCGUCUCCACCGUUUCGACUCUCCCAGUCUUAGCUUUACCUCCUCCUCUCGCCGUCUGACCUCCAUUUCCUGCCUCUCCCGCCAGAAUCUUCCGCAGACAGGAUCAAGUCAAGCUACACAAUUCUUGUCUUCGUCUCCGGAAGCCGAUGAGUCCAACCCUAAUCCAGGGUUUCUCCAACGGAUCGUGAAGAGUUGUGACCAGAGAAAAACGUUAUCAGCUGGAACAAUCAUACUGAUCUCUGCUGUAGCUGCGCUUUUGCUUAACCCUAUCAUUGCGCCACCUGCUUUUGCUAGCUUUCAAGCCGCAGCUAAAUCUAGUGGCGGUGGAAAGUUCCUCCAGACUGAGAUACUGACAAGUGCAUGGACUGGUUUCUUCGCUGGUUGCUUACACACACUCUCUGGCCCUGAUCACCUCGCUGCUUUGGCUCCACUCUCCAUUGGAAGGACGAGGAUGGAGAGUGCUGCGGUUGGAGCUCUCUGGGGAUGUGGCCACGACGCUGGUCAACUCAUCUUUGGUCUACUGUUUCUGCUUCUAAAGGAUAGGCUCCACAUUGAGGUCAUAAGAACUUGGGGUACACGUGUUGUGGGCUUGACCCUCCUUGUGAUUGGCGCUAUGGGAAUCAAAGAAGCUUCUGAAAUCCCUGAACCAUGUGUGGUUGUUGGCGCCUUGGAGAACAAUGGGGAGACAGAUGAGAAAAACUCAAAGAAGAAGAAGAUUGGGUUUGCUACAUUUGCGACAGGGAUUGUUCAUGGGCUGCAACCUGAUGCUCUGAUGAUGGUGUUGCCUGCACUAGCUCUUCCUUCUCGUGUAGCCGGUGCUGCGUUUCUGAUCAUGUUCUUGCUUGGGACGGUGAUAGCGAUGGGAAGCUACACGGUGUUUAUAGGGUCGUGCAGCGAGGCGUUGAAGGACAAGGUCCCUAGGAUCACUGAGAAACUAACAUGGGCAUCUUCUCUUGUGGCCAUUGGACUGGGAUUGGCAAUUAUUGUUAGCCAGUUCUUUGGAUUCAGCCUGUACUAAGAGAGACAGACCUCUGCAUCAAGCCUUUGUAGCUUUAGGAGAUUUAAUUGUUUGCAUGUACCAAGAAUAUCUGUAUCUUGCUUCAGUAUCCCUUUUUUCUCGCUACUAAUAGAAGUUUGGAUUUGGCUUCCUAAUUUUGUGAGCAUUCUAUAUUUGUAUUUUCUAAGAUGCUUUUCAUCUCCCUAUUUUUCUCUAUCAAAUUGAUGUACCCUCUUGAAAAUGGUCU